CUAAGAAUUUCAUUGAUAUUUAUUUAAUAAAUAUAACUCUCUGCUAGCGUGUCUGUACUUGAUUAACAAUGUGUAUGAACAGGUUCAGUAGUGAAAGAUGUGAAUAAAGUCGUAGAGUUCGUAAUAAAUUUAAGUGUUAUGUUAAACAUUUAAUCCAAAUUUAUUGUGCGUUAGUGUUGCUUGUAAUCUUCGUCACUGUUUGAUAUUCUCUUUUGAUAUACAUGUAGCUGGUGCGAGUAAUAGAAGCUUUUGUAUUAAACUUCAUGUAAAUACAUGUAUGAAAUUUGAUUUUUCAUUGUGUGGAGAAAAUAAAAUUUAGAAUCUUCGCGUCAUAAAAGAGCUGAAUUCAAAUAUAUAUCAAAGCAGAGAAUUAGGUAAAAAUUUGUUAAAAAGAGUACUGCCAACCCGCAUAGAUUUUGUAGAAAAAAAGCCGUUAUUUUGAAAAUGGCGUCAGCUUCCAGUAGUAGUGCCAGGCACCUGUUUGAUGAAAGCAAAAAACGAUUAUGUGCUCGGGUAGCAAUCAAUGUGAACAAUUUAGGUUCGGUGGCACGACAAGUUGUGCGCGGUUCGAAAUCGAAUGAGCUUUUAAAUCAAUCAUUGCGCAAUUUUACUCAAGUGGACAUUGUCUCCGAUUAUAGCGCACAAAAUUUGAAUAAAAUGUCAUUAAUUUUGCAACAUGUCAGCUAUCACUACGAUGCAAUGAAUGAUAGCUGUCAUCAUUUGGAUUAUUUAAAGGAGCAAGUAACGGCUAUGGAAAGAUGACUGGAAAGGCAUUAAAAAUAUAUAAAACAGUAUCGUCUGUGCAAUAUGAAAAUAAAAAAGUAUUUAUCCAAUAUGAAAUAUAAUUUUUCUUUUUUAUCUCAUGAAACUAUUAAGUAAGUUGGCAAUUUUUUUCCAUAAAUGUGA